GCCCGGGGGCGCCGAGAGGGCGGCCGGGCCGGGCGGCCGGCGCGGGCUGCGGGCGUGCGGCGAGGAGUUCGCGUGCCCCGAGCUGGAGGCGCUGUUCCGCGGCUACACGCUGCGGCUGGAGCAGGCGGCCACGCUGAAGGCGCUGGCCGUGCUCAGCCUGCUGGCCGGCGCGCUGGCGCUGGCCGAGCUGCUCGGCGCGCCGGGGCCCGCGCCCGGCCUGGCCAAGGGCUCGCACCCGGUGCACUGCGUCCUCUUCCUGGCGCUGCUCGUGGUCACCAACGUGCGCUCCCUGCAGGUGCCCCAGCUGCAGCAGGUCGGCCAGCUGGCGCUGCUGUUCAGCCUCACCUUCGCGCUGCUCUGCUGCCCCUUCGCGCUGGGCGGCCCCGCGGGGGGCCCCGCGGGCGCGGCGGCGGGGCCGGCGGCCGCAGAGCAGGGGGUCUGGCAGCUGCUGUUGGUCACCUUCGUGUCCUAUGCCCUGCUGCCCGUGCGCAGCCUGCUGGCCGUCGGCUUCGGGCUCGUGGUGGCUGCCUCGCACUUGCUGGUCACCGCCACCUUGGUCCCCGCCAGGCGCCCUCGUCUCUGGAGGACGCUCGGCGCCAAUGCCCUGCUCUUCGUGGGCGUGAACAUGUACGGCGUGUUCGUGCGCAUCCUGACCGAGCGCUCACAGCGCAAGGCCUUCCUGCAGGCACGGAGCUGCAUUGAGGACCGGCUGCGGCUGGAAGACGAGAAUGAGAAGCAGGAGCGGCUCCUCAUGAGCCUCCUGCCCCGCAACGUCGCCAUGGAGAUGAAGGAGGACUUCCUGAAGCCGCCAGAGAGGAUCUUCCACAAGAUCUACAUCCAGAGACACGACAACGUGAGCAUCCUGUUUGCGGACAUCGUGGGCUUCACGGGGCUGGCGUCCCAGUGCACGGCCCAGGAGCUGGUCAAACUCCUCAACGAGCUGUUCGGCAAGUUUGAUGAAUUAGCCACGGAGAACCACUGUCGCCGCAUCAAGAUCCUUGGGGACUGCUACUACUGCGUGUCCGGCCUCACCCAGCCCAAGGCCGACCACGCCCACUGCUGCGUGGAGAUGGG